ACGUUUCAAAAUGCAGGAAUGUGUUCUCAUUGGUUGAAGAGUGGAAGAAAUUUAGGUUGGAAUAAUUCUGUCAACGGUCGCAGGAAGCGGAGCAGGACAAAUUGUGACAAUAUUUCAGGUUAACAAACAGUCGACUGGAGUAUUUUGACAUCUAGACACAAGUACUAAAUUAAUGAUUGUUUUUUUGUAGUAAAUAAGCGCCCAACAUAAUCGUUCGUUUGCCAGUACGGUGUUCUGCGCCUCAUGGAAAGAAGCUAAAGUGUUACAGUAGCUAGCUAACCUCUAACGUAUUUGCGAGGCUAGUGAGCGAACGUUAGCUAAUUUAUUUAACCACGUCAUUUUGGAUUACAAAUUGACUCAACAUUGUAGCGCCAUGGGCACACGGAUGUCAAGCUACUCGGGAUAAUUUGAAAACGAUUUAGUUAGCUAGCCACUUUAACGCUAUAGCCAACGUUACUGUGUCUGGGAAGUGAUACGUUUCAGUUGCCGAAUGUUCGUCGGUAUGUCCCCGAAGAUGGGACCUAUUCGACAGAGACUAGACUUCAACCAGAGUGACGGAGAGGACGACGGCAACAACAGCAUUGGAGCCGAGUCGAGUCUCAAAGAAAUGGACUCCCCGGUGCAAUCGCCGAGACACAACUCCAACUUAAACCAAGCCGUCUGUAACGGCACCACGAAGACAGCUACCGCGGAGGAUCGCGUUGAACAUUGGGAUGAGGGAUUUGGUUGUCUUUUCCCCCUAAAAUCACCAGGGACUGACUACAACAGCUCGUCCCCGGAGUUUUCCGACAAUCAGGAUGGAAGCUCUCCCAUUCCAGAUUGUCCCGACACACUGCCCCAUAAAACCUUCAGGAAACUCCGACUAUUUGAUGUUCCCCACACACCUAAGAGUUUGUUGUCCAGAGCAGUGGCCACAGGAUCCACAGUCUGCCGGCUAGGAAUAGGUGUCUACAUGAAUAGGGACUCAACAGGAAGACCGCACACAGACAGCAGGAGUAGACAUGCACCCAUGAUCAACAUCAAUCCAUUCACCCCUGACUCAUUACUGAUCCAGGCAGCAAUGUUACAAAUGAACAACAGAAAGAGAUCACACAGGAAUGACUCAUGUGGAGAGGACAUGGAAGCCAGUGAUGCAGAGUGUGAAGAGGACAUCAUUCCACCAUCAAAGAGAAUGACUCUUCUGGAUAGCAACAUGAUAUCAAGAUAUGCCACAGAGUUUCAUGAGCUGGAGAAGAUAGGAUCUGGGGAGUUUGGCUCUGUCUUCAAAUGUGUGAAAAGACUCGAUGGCUGCAUCUAUGCCAUCAAACGCUCAAAGAAGCCCCUCGCUGGAUCUGUAGACGAACAGAAUGCACUCCGGGAGGUGUAUGCCCACGCGGUCUUGGGGCAGCACCCCCAUGUAGUGAGGUACUUCUCUGCCUGGUCAGAGGACGACCACAUGCUCAUACAGAAUGAGUACUGUAACGGCGGCACACUGGCAGACGUGGUCUCAGAGAACUACAGAACCAUGCGCUUCUUCUCUGAGCUGGACCUCAAGGACCUUCUCCUUCAGGUGGCCCGUGGACUGAAGUACAUUCACUCCACCUCUCUGGUUCACAUGGACAUCAAGCCAAGCAACAUUUUCUUAUCCCGGAAGACUGUGGUGUGUGUCGAUGAAUUUGACGAUGAGGAAGGACCAAAUAGAAAUGUUGUUUACAAAAUAGGUGAUCUUGGCCAUGUGACCAGAAUGGACAAUCCUCAAGUUGAAGAAGGGGACAGCAGGUACCUGGUCAAUGAAGUCUUACAAGAGGACUAUAGAAACCUCACCAGGGCAGAUAUUUUUGCCCUAGCACUGACUGUGGUCAGCGCCUCAGGAGCUGAACCACUCCCAACCAAUGGUGACAAGUGGCAUGACAUCAGACAAGGAAAACUACCUGCGAUACCUCAAGUGCUCUCACAGGAAUUCCCAAGUUUACUGAAGUUGAUGAUCCACCCUGACCCUGCCAGUAGGCCGUCUGCCUCUUCCCUCACCAAGCAUCCCGUCCUCCUCACUGCCUCCCGCAUGAGCGCUGACCAGCUCCGCAUGGAACUCAACGCAGAGAAGUUCAAAAAUGCGCUACUGCAGAAGGAGCUGAAAAAGGCCCAGCAAGCCAAAGUAGCUGCAGAGGAGAAGUUUCUGAUCUCAGAUAGGGUCCUGACGCGCUCCACCCUCCGGUCCAGCAGGAGCUCCAGGCUCAUCGGCAAGAAGAUGAACCGCUCAGUCAGCCUGACCAUCUACUGAGCGGGCCAACUGCCAACCCAAAUGGGUAUCAGACUGAGUCAUAUUCACUAGGUACGACAUGGAAGAAAAAAAAACAGGCCAAAACAGAGGGGGACUACCUGAAAUUGUCCAAUUAGAAAUGCUUGUUUUCUGUUGCAAAAUUUCUUGCUACCUUGUGCGCUAAUGAAAACAACCCUGGUUGCACUCGGUAGUGUACUGGGAAGGCCUCCCUAGGCAGACAUGGAGAGAUGGGCUUCAGAGUGUACAAACCAACUAUUAUAGUUCUUACUGUUUGGUACUUGGAAAGGGUUAGUAAGACAAUGGACCAAAUUUAUUUGAUUCUAAAGAGUGAAAAGGUUGUUACCUUCCCAAGCACUUGGCAUGUUCUGGCAAUUGGUAUUACAUAACAUAGCCGAUUUUUGUUUUUAAUGGAAUGUGGGAGCAUGCUAGAACAUUCUGUUGCCAGUGUGCGGGUUUGGGAUGGUGUGAUACAAAUUUGCACUUUACAGUCUAUUAUACCUGAUUUCAGGUAGUGGAACUGGAUCAUUGACUAGGAAUGAUUCAAUGAGCACUUUGAACUUGCCAUAUGCAAACUGUUUGGCUCAUGGCACUUGCAAUGCCAGGGUUGUGGGUUCGAUUCCCACGUGUGACCAGUAUGAAAAAAGUAUGAAAAUGUAUGCACUCACUACUUUAAGUCGCUCUGUGUAAGAGCGUCUGCUAAAUGUAAAAAUGCAUACUGCUGCUAUAUGUUUGUCUUGAAUGUUAGUGGAGUUCAGUGAAUUUGUAAAUUCCAUUCAGAUGUUUAGAAUAGUUUCAGUAAUCAAUCUCUUCUGUAAAACAUAGAAUUUCAAUGUGUUGCAUCUGUAAUACAUUUCCUAUCUGAAGUUCAUUAUGUAUUGAGUUGUUUAAGAUGUUUUACUCAUGUACAUUUUUCAUGAUGAGUCAUCCAAUCGUGUGUGAUGCAGUUGGUCAAAGUGGAUCAUUGUGUCAAGCCCCGGUGUCAUUUAUUUUAUAUAUGAUGCAUGGAGCCACUGAAUUGUUUUAGUAAAGUCAGUAUUUUCUUCUGUUCAAAACCCAUCAGAACUGUAGCAUUAUUGACUAAUUUACAUUUUCUCAUGUUUUACAAUGAUGUAUAUUAUGCAUGUAGAUCAUUUUGACAGCUAUUGGUUUCAUGUUACUUGUUCCAAGUUAAAUAAAUUCAUUCCCGGUAAUAUGGA